AUGCGCGAUUUCUCUCCAAGGGCAAUCCACCCUGGCAACAUGGGCUACGCGAAACCACCGCCGUCGGUGUCGAGUGAGAUUCCGCCUUUCCACCAACGGCCAGCCGGCCUUGGUGAGCUUGGUAUUCACACGACGAGCCAUCAUCGUGUGUCUACAGUCAAGGCUCGGCUCAAGGGUGCCUACCGGGUUCAUUAUAUCCACCGUCGCAGCCUCCUCGUUAAAAUCGUAACGCUGGACGAGCUGGUCUCUGAUGACUAUGAAGAGGACAUUGGUUCCGCAUGGACAGGAUCAGCUGUACAUAUGGACGAGGUGCAUUCCUCUUCUCAUCCUUGCUUUACUUUCCUUCUUGUCCAUGUACUCGGCGUGGCCGGAGUGCAACAAAGCCAGUGUGAUACAGAGACAAACCUAGCGGCUAGGCAGGCACAUAUCCCUCCUUUACAAGACUGA